UUUUUUGUUUUUAGACAAAUGCCGGACGACAGUAAUUUUUAAUUUGGUAGUGUUAGAAUCAUGGACAAAGUUCGAGUUGCAGUUCGUGUUCGGCCAAUAAACCGGCGCGAACUGGAACUCGAAACUGAAUGUAUCGUUGACAUGGUGGACAAACAAACGUUUCUCGCGAAACCCGUGAGGACGAAUUCUUCGCGACGUCGCACCAACGCACAAAAUGAAUCUGCGGACGAAAGCACCCUUCGAGGCGUGAAAACAUUUGCAUUUGACGAAUGCUUUGACUCUAAGGACGCGAAAUCUUCGAACUAUGCUAGUCAAGAAGAAGUUUAUGAUAAAAUUGGAAAGGACAUUACAGCGAAUGCAUUUGAAGGGUACAAUGGAUGCAUUGUGGCCUAUGGUCAAACCGGCUCUGGUAAAUCUUACACAAUGAUGGGGACGGACGCAGACAGAGGACUGAUCCCGCGACUAGCGGAAGACCUUUUCAAGCAAAUCGCCGAAUCAUCGGAUUCUUCAAAAGUCGAGGUUUCGUACAUGGAAAUCUACAAUGAACGAGUUCACGACCUUUUGGAUCCCUACGGUCACCACCAAGCUUUGAAAGUGCGAGAGCAUCAGAUCCUAGGGCCUUACGUUGACGGACUGUCGAAAGCGGCUGUGACAUCGUAUGAAGAUGUUGAGAUGUUGAUCCAAGAAGGGAAUCGAUCGAGAACCAUAGCAGCAACGAACAUGAAUUCGGAAUCCUCGCGUUCGCACGCUGUUUUCACGAUCGUGCUGACCACGACGUUGAUUGAUCACGAAAGUGGUACAUCAGGGGAACGAGUGGCGAGGAUUUCGCUGGUGGAUCUCGCUGGAUCUGAACGGGCAUCGAAGUCUGGUGCAGUCGGCGAACGUCUUCGGGAAGGUUCAAAUAUCAACAAGUCAUUGACGACGCUCGGUCUUGUGAUAUCGAAGCUUGCUGAUCAAGGGAAAUCAAAGGACGGUUUCGUGCCUUAUCGUGACUCCGUGCUCACCUGGCUGUUGAAGGACAACCUUGGUGGGAACAGCAAAACAGUGAUGAUUGCCACGUUGUCCCCAGCCGGCGAUAACUUCGAAGAGACCCUUUCUACGCUUCGUUAUGCCGAUCGCGCCAAACGAAUCGUCAAUCAUGCCAAAGUCAAUGAAGAUCCCCGCGCUCGUAUCAUUCGUGAACUCCGUGCCGAAGUGGAGGCGCUCAGGAAAAAGCUCCAAGAUGCACAAGUUGGACGACAGCAGCAUGACUUGGAAGAAAAACUCACCGAGUCCAAGAAGCUCAUGGAAGAAUACUCGGAAACGUGGGAAGAAAAAUUGGCCAAGUCGGAGAAGAUGCAGAUUGAUCGUCAUCGCGCGUUAGAGCGUCAGGGGCUCGUUGGUGCUCCUUUGAGUGAUUUAGAAAGUGCUGAAGAGUCGGGUCCUCCUUCCCUGACGUCGUUGAGUGUUCGCAAUGCUGGCAGUGGCUUGAAAGUCAGCAAGGAGCUAUUUUCUCUAGUCAACUUGAAUGCGGAUCCUUCUCUAGACGGCGUGUUGCUGUAUUACCUGAAGGACAAGACUCUGGUUGGUCGUCGUGAAGCAGCUACUCGACAAGACAUCGAACUAAGUGGUCUCGGGAUCCAAGCCGAGCACUGCAUCAUAACCAUCGAAGAAACCCUUCAAAACGGGAUCCCGAAUCGAUCCCUUUUCAUAGAGCCUUGCAAAGGGGCCCGAACCUGCAUCAAUGGGAAGCAAAUUCACCAGAAAACUCAGCUCGAACAUCGGGAUCGGAUCAUUUGGGGGAAUCAUCACUUUUACCGCGUCAAUUGUCCCGUACGAAGCGAUGGGAUGGAAAGUCUGGAGGUGGCUGUUCCUGAGCCUGGGGAAGGUGGUGAAUGUUUAGACUAUGAUUACGCUCGCCGGGAAUUGGAGAGGAACGAGAUGAAAGAGGAUCCCAUUCAAUUGGCCAUUUCGAAGCUGGAAAAGCAACAUAAAGAAGAUAAGCAAGCCGCCCUACAGAAGCAACGCGAGGAUUUCGAACGACAAAUGCAGAAUUUGAAGAACAUCAUUUCCCCGAACGGGACGCAGGGAAUGAGUCCCCUGAUGACCACGUCUCUCCGUGGCUCCACCUACAACCUGAGCAUGAUGAAGCUGGACAAAUGGUCAAACGAUCGAGACGAAAGAUUCAAACACGGCCUCGCGAUUCUCAAGGAGAAGAUCUACGAGGCCCGUGGACGCGUCCGUGAGGCCAACUACAUGGCCCAGGAAAUGGCCCUGAAUACGACGUUCAAGCUUACGUUGCGGAUCCCGAUUGAGUCGUUGACACCUUACGGAACCAAGAAAGGGGGCCUGAUGAGCGAACCGGCUGUGCUUGUCAAACGGAAGGCCAAGCAGGCCCAGGUGUGGUCAGUGGAGAAACUGGACCACAAGUUGGUGGACAUGCGAGAAGCUUACGAAGAGUUCCAGAGACUCAAUCAACCUUUGGCUGUGUGGCGGGAACAGUCGCAAUCGACGCCUGCUUUGCUCACCACGUUGUCCGAGCCGUUUUGGGAGUCGCAAGAAACCCAUUCUCUGAUUGGAGUGGCCAAUUUCUUUUUGGAAAUGCUGUUCCAAGACGUGCCGCUGACCUAUAACGUUCCGAUCAUUUCUCAGCAAGGGGAAGUUGCUGGGAAGCUUUUGGUUGAGAUGGCGCGAGUGGAAGGAAAAAUGCCGGAUUUGGAGUCAGUGGAAGCUGGUGGGAGCGAAGACGAAGACUGCGACGAAGACCGCGGGAAGACGUGGAGGAAUCAGAGCAUCGUGAUCCGCGUGAAAAUCCUUCGUGCCACGGGACUCCCCUUGCAACUCUCCAACUUUGUCUUUUGCCACUAUUCCCUGUGGGGAGAAGACGUGGUUGUCCCGCCAAUCAUCCCUGAUGCCGAACAAGAAGACGACACUCCGGAAAGUAAAUUCCUGGCCCGAAGACGCCACGGAAAGGGUGUUUUGGGCAGUGGUCGAGACGAGAGCAAUUUGGAUCCCGGGGCGGGGGCUUCGUUUUACUUCGACCACUGUCGGGAUUUCUGCGUGGGACUGAAUGAGGAAUUCAUUGAUCAUUGCAUCGGUGCGUACAAUAUCACCGAAAGUGGCGGCUGUCAAGGCGGCUUUCAAUUAAAAUGGCGGAAUUACCUAGGGAGACAGUUUGAAUUUGUUUUUAUUUUUAUUUUUUAUUUUUUGGCGUAUACAGAAGGCGCGUUGUCUAUUCAAGUCUGGGGCCACCGAGUACCGAGCCAUUCCAGCAACAGCAGUAGUGGGAGUCACCCUUUCGACAAUGCAGCUGAUGUUUCUAAAUCCGUCAUUGCUGCUAGGUCGCUUCAAGAGAGGUAUUGUUUCGACAUUCGGAUAAUUCAAAUCAUGGAUAAAAUCUGCCCAUUGGCCAUGACUAAAGAUAUGGACUCCCCGUUGCCAACAUUGCCCGAAGAAUGGAACGAAGUGAGGCGUCAGCUCGAAGUGUGGGUCGGGAUCCAGGAACUGAAUGAUGAAGGAGAAUAUGUUGAUGUGGACGUGGAACCGAGUCGCCCCGACGUGAUAACCGGUGGUGUGUAUGUCCUCAAGCAAGGCCUUCAGCGUCGGUUGAUCGUCAGUGUCGACACAGUUCCGGAUUCCGGACUUUUGCCUCUGGUCUGUGACGAGAUCACGAGCGUCAGCAUAGGAAAUGUCGUCAGCAGACCCGCGUCAAAAACCGGAUUGGAUUCGUAUCAAGAAGAAGAUCUGAAGUUAUUGAGGAGCAGAUGGGCGCAGCUUCUUCAUCGCCGGCAAAAAUAUCUGGAAAAACAAAUGCAGGACUUGGUCAAUAAAUUAGACAAAAGUGAAUCAGAGGCGGAACGUGAACAACACUUGAUUGGCCAAUGGGUUACGCUGACGGAAGAGAAAAACGGGAUCCAAGUUCCGUCCCCGGGUUCCAACAUACCCGGUGCUCCAGUUUCCCCGGGAUACGAGCCGAAAAUUGGGCUGGAGAAACAUAUUCCCGUGCUGUUCCUCGACCUAAACGACUUUCAAGGACUGGAAUCCGAGGACACUGGACUGGGUGAAACGGACGGGACGUUUGCUGGCCUGGGAGCUGUGAUCAAGCAUGAAACUUGGGGCCCGAGUAUCCCAGUGAUGAUCGUUUCCAGGCAUUAUUCGGGAGCGGGUUUGGCUGGGGAAGAAGGCAGAGGCUUUCACAAUAGUGCCCGUGCCGAAAUGGGAGCUACGUGCGUCUGGGACUCGUCCAUCCACGAAUCGCAAAACUUGAAUCGCGUCACUCCUGGGGAUGAACGAGUGUACAUGAUUGUCAAGGUUUGCGUGCAUUUGGCGCAUCCAGUCAGCAUGGAGAUCAUGUUACGCAAAAGGAUUUGUGUUCAAAUCACGAAGAAAAACGCUGGUCUCACAUUUUCGGGGUUGAUGAAACGGUUCAACCGACACGAAAAGCUCUGUCGUACCGGUGUACGGUACGAAAUCGUCUCCAACAUCCCCAAGGCUAGUGAAGAGCUGGAGGACAGGGAAACAUUGGCUCAAAUGGCAGCUGAGGAGGACGACGGGUUCAAUUCAGAUGGAGAGACUUAUAUUGGUGAACUUCUUUCUUCUAUAAAGCAAUACACGAAGGGGUUGGGUGUGGUGGAAAACCUGUUGGCGUUGGACCGACUUCGACAAAAUUUGGCGUUGAAGGAACAAUUGCAAGCCCUUGGGGCUACUCCGACAUCUGUUUCCGCAGCUGGGGCUUUCAACUUGAUGCGAAAGACUGUUUCUGUGCCCAACAUUGCGAUGGUGGAGCUGGAGGACAGGGAAACAUUGGCUCAAAUGGCAGCUGAGGAGGACGACGGGUUCAAUUCAGAUGGAGAGACUUAUAUUGAGCAAUACACGAAGGGGUUGGGUGUGGUGGAAAACCUGUUGGCGUUGGACCGACUUCGACAAAAUUUGGCGUUGAAGGAACAAUUGCAAGCCCUUGGGGCUACUCCGACUUCUGUUUCCGCAGCUGGGGCUUUCAACUUGAUGCGAAAGACUGUUUCUGUGCCCAACAUUGCGAUGAUGGGAAACCUUGCAGAAGGAGCGACAAAAUCGGAAACUGUAGCGGAUUUCGGUGCGUUGAUGAAUUCCAGUCCUAGUAGUACGGUUACUCUUCGAACCAGUGGAGCUAGUCCCUCAGGAAUCACUCCGAAAGGCCAGUCCGCGACGAGACCAGUCUCGCUUUUCAGUCCCAACUUCAACCUCACGAAGGCGGGUUUCGCAGACCGUGUAGUGAUUCACAACGUGGGCUCGUGGCUGAAUCGGUCGCCCUUCGCCAAUGGGCUCGGCGCUGAAUCUUACGGUGUGAUGAGUCCGUUGAGCGUCGGCACAAUGCGAAUGUCGACGUUGCAUGAAGAAGAUCAUCAGCGUGCUGCCUCCAGAACACAUAGGGAAGAAAGCGAAGACUCUGUAUCCUCCAACGGAUACUGCGAAGACUCGAUGGAAGACCCGAGUGUUGGGAAAACUGUUCGAGCCCCGAGUCAAGUGUCCUCGCCUGUCCCACCGUUGUCGUCCUCAUCCAGUGGAUACAUGUCUCAGCAGUCGCUUUGCACUGUGCAGAAAAGUGCGAGCACGAUGGAUCCCUUGGGCAUUCGGGAAUUCAAAGUCGAAGACGAGCCCGGGGAUGAAGAAGGAAGAGGACCUGAGGAGGAGGAGGAAGCUGUCGAGGAAGACGAAGAAGAGGCGGCAGCUGAGGUUCUAAUUGCUGGACAGUGUUCCGCUAACGAUGUGAACCUGCUGUCUGCAAUGCCGGUUGACGGGGAAUUGAGCAGUGGAUCUUGUUCUUCCCUUGCUGAUAGUCUCAAAAUUUUCUCUUUUUACCCCGCGAAAAAGAUGGAAGACCCGAGUGUUGGGAAAACUGUUCGAGCCCCGAGUCAAGUGUCCUCGCCUGUCCCACCGUUGUCGUCGUCAUCCAGUGGAUACAUGUCUCAGCAGUCGCUUUGCACUGUGCAGAAAAGUGCGAGCACGAUGGACCCCUUGGGCAUUCGGGAAUUCAAAGUCGAAGACGAGCCCGGGGAUGAAGAAGGAAGAGGACCUGAGGAGGAGGAGGAAGUUGUCGAGGAAGACGAAGAAGAGGCGGCAGCUGAGGUUCUAAUUGCUGGACAACGUUCCGCUAACGAUGUGAACCUGCUGUCUGCAAUGCCGGUUGACGGGGAAUUGAGCAGUGGAUCUUGUUCUUCCCUUGCUGAAUCCCUGGCGAGCUCCAAAGACUCUGGCCAAUCCUACGGCAAGAAGUUCGAAGUCGGAGACCGAGUCCGGGUGCGGUUGACCAACUCUGCUGGCGUCGUGUCCUUCAUUGGCCAGACCGAGUUUGCCAAGGGAGAAUGGGUCGGGGUCACGUUGGACUCGGCCCAGGGCAAGAACGACGGGACAGUCGCCGGGACGCGGUAUUUCGAGUGCGAGCCCCGUCACGGGUUGUUUCUCAGGGCGGACAAACUGGCCAGGGGCAGUUGCGACGAACGACGCAAGCUGAGAGAAGAGGCCGUGAAUGUGCGGAAAACGUCGUCAGGGAGAAAAUCGCGGUAUCUGUCGGAUCGGCUGAGAAACUCUUGAUUCAAGGAAAAAGCUACUUCUGGGAUGCAACGAGAUACCUGCAAGUGAUCUCAUUGGAUCUUCACACGAGAACCACCUUCCGAAAACUGAUCUUCAAUCGUAUCGUUACCGAUCGUUCCCCCCUUAUUUUCUUCUUCUUCUUUCUAGCUUAGAUGAGUUCAUGUGUUACUCUGGGUUUGAUGUUUGUGAUAUGUUAUUAUAUUGGGGCAGUUUUUGUAUGAACGAGCCAGUGGAGAGAAAAUUUUUUUUUUUUAGGGUAAAUUGCAAUUUUUCGGCAAUGAGGUGCUUGACUUCAUGAUCUUCCAGGAAUGUUUUUUUGGAACGCACUUUCCCCCCUCGCGUUUAUGAGUGCUAGAGCUUUUUUUUGGGUUGUAUUUUUAAUUUAUUUUUUGGUCCCAAAAAAAAAGAAGAGGUAGAAAACGCAUUCAUUCCCAUUGAACCGAAUGUGAUGAUGGUUGCGUUCCUGUAUGAGGUUGAUGAGAGAUGGUUGCUUGGAUUCAUGUUCAGCCGCUUGUCGAGGUUAUGUUGGGCAGGAAUUCCUCGGGGAAAUGUUGGAAGCGAAAAAUUGUGUUGGAGUUCAAGUACGGUACGUCAUUGUUCAGUCCACGGAUAUUGUGCUUGUCAGCCACUUUUAGUGCGUGUCAACCUCGGAUUUAGUAAUAUUAUGUGAGGCAUUUUGAUGAAUCUGUGGUCUGAUUGGGUUAUGCUGCAGUCCAAUUUCCGAAUUCGUGGGCUUAUGGGGGAAUUGUGGUGGAAAGAAAAUGCUCUAAAACCAUUA